CCAUGAAUUUCGACGACGAAGAGGAGAAUGGCGCCGGCUCACCCGAUACCAGCUCGGAAAACGAUGCCGACGAGGUUAUGGAGGACAUUGAUGAUGCCGAUGCCGACGCCGACGAUGACAAUGGAGAUGGGGAUGGGGAUGAUGAUGGAGAAGAUGGCGAAGGGGACGAUGACAACGAUAAUGAUAAUGACGACGAUGAUCAAGAUCAAGAUCAGGACCAGGACCAGGAUCAGGACGAGCCAGACAGCCCCUCACAAUCACAACAGAACAGGAGUAGCCUCCCAAACGGUGCUUCUACACCCAUACGAAGAGGAUCCAAUGCACCCAAAGUAACUCUGACGUCUCCAUCGCCUCGAGCUGCCGACGCACACGGCGGCCUACCCUUCCGACCCAGUAUUCGCCCAGAGGCUCUCACCGCGCCUGUCUACGAUAUAAUCCCCACCAUCGCCGCUCCUCACAGCACCUCGAUUAACUCCAUCACGUCUACCCCGGAUAUGCGCUGGGUCUUUAGCGGAGGCGCAGACGGCUAUAUUCGAAAAUUCAAUUGGGUGGAUACUGCGAAUGGCAAAUUGGCAUUGACAGUGGCCCAGCGGCACCCCUUUGUGGACAGUGUCACCAAGGCUGGAGUAUUGCUAAGUUAUUGGGAAAAUGAAGAUGACCGCAACGACGACUCGACAAAUCUUUCCCCCGUGUACUCUCUCGCUGUACAACACCAAUCACUUUGGCUGCUCUCGGGGGUUGAAUCGGGGGGCAUCAACUUGCAGUCAGUGCGUCACGAAGAGGGCAAGCGGAUACAUACACUACGAGGUCACACUUCUGCUGUCUCGGUUUUGACAUUGGCCCAGGAUGAGACGUCAGUGCUUUCGGGCAGUUGGGACAAGACAAUCAACGACUGGGACCUCAACACUGGUCAAGUCAAAAGGAAGUUUGAGACUAGCGGUGGACAGAUAUCUGCGAUUGAGCAACGGCCAAUGUCCUCCAUCCCCAUACCUCAAGAUACGGACAUAACGCCCGUAGCGAGCGGGACAUUUUCGUCCAACAAUGCCGCGCGAGCGCAGGCAAACGGUGUGAUUAAUGGUGCCGCACCUUCAUCAGCAGCUCAAUCGAAGCCAGAGAAUCCCCCCGAGGAUGCCGCGGGAUCUCCUGAUGAUUCGCUGUUCGGAGAUAAAGACUCGCUGUUUGGAGACGACAAGGAUCCGUCCAACGGGCCCUCGGCUUUGGCGCCAUUCGGGGACGACGAAGAAGACGAGUUUUCGAGGGCGAUUGCUAAUGGCAUGCAGCAAGAUGAGGAAGAAGCGCAAGCAAACUUGGAUAUGAUGGACAUUGGAGGACCCGUCCAAGCACCAGAGCCAGAGCAGCCCCCAGAAGCCGGCAAGGAACCUUCUGUGGCUGCGCAGCCUGUUGAGCCAAUGACCGGCGAUGAUAAUGCUGCUGCUGCUGCUGCUGUGGAGAGCGAGAAGGACGCUGGCGGUGCCAAUGGGCUGCCCCACUCGGAAGAGGUGGCUGGCUCGUCGAGCACAGCAGGAUUGGGGGCGGCCGAGCAGCCAGCGUCGUCUGAGACGACAUUUAUGGAUGCAUCUAUGGAUGGCACACUGCGCAUCUGGGACCGCCGUCAGCCAAACCCCGUAGCGCGUAUUACACCGCCACGCAACACACCACCAUGGUGCAUGAACGCCACUUGGUCACCAGACGGCAACUUCAUCUAUGUAGGGCGGAGAAACGGCACCGUCGAAGAAUACAGUUUGCACAAGGGGCUACGCGAGCCUAGGAGAUCCUUCAAAUUCCCCAGCGUUAGCGGUGCCGUAAGCGCGGUGCGCGCCAUGCCUAAUGGACGCCACCUCGUCUGCGCAUCUUACGAUAUCCUGCGGCUCUACGACUUGCGGGAGCAGGAGAGCUCAAAGGCUUCAGCAGUUCCUUUCCUUAUCGUACCGGGUCACCGUACCGGCGUUAUUUCUCAGCUUUAUUUAGACCCCACGUGCACCUUUAUGAUUUCGACAGGCGGGAAUCGAGGUUGGGAGGGUAGCACGACAGAAGUGCUGCUUGGUUACGAGGUCAGCGUGGGGUCGUAG